AUGUCAGGACUCAGGAACCAGCGAUGCCUGGCAGAUAGGCGGUGGUGGUUGAGGAAGAACAUCUCCCGUUACCCGGCGUUCUGUGUUCGGCUUGGCGUCGACAACCCUUCUGUGCAAGGUUCUCCUUCGCCCAUGGAGGCUGCGGCCCUCUCAUCCACCUGUCGCCUCUCAACCCCCACCACCGUCACAAGCCUCGCGCUGUACCGAUCCUCGUCGAAUCUGAGCCACCCGUUAACCUCUCCGGCGCCUGUGGCUUCGUUUCUGUCACGCGGUUACCACUGCGGUACAAGCACGAGCAGAGGAUGCAGCAGCAGCAGAAUCAGCAGCUUCAGAAGCGCGAGCAGCCGCAGCAGCCAUGUACUGCUUAACACCUACCCACCCAGGCCCUCAGGAACGUCAAGAUUACGAGCUGGAACAGCCUUUGCAGCAGCUCAGGCAGAGAGUGCCACGUCAGCAGAGCCACAGGAGAGUGACACGUGGAAGGUGAAGGUUCUAUAUGACGGGGACUGCCCAAUCUGCAUGAAGCAGGUGGAGUUCCUCUCAGCGCGCAACCAGCAGUUUCAAACGCUCAAGUUCGUGGACAUCUCCUCUGAGGACUAUGACCCCGAUGAGAAUGGUGGAGUCGAGUAUGAGGAGGCCAUGGGUCACAUGCACGGGGUCCUUCGAGACGGCACAGUUGUCAAAAGCAUGGACGCGUUCCGCAGCUUCUACGAUGCAGUGGGGCUGGGCUGGAUCAUCAACGUCACCAACUCCCCCCCGAUAGCAGUGGUGGUGGAUGCAAUGUAUGAGCUCUUUGCUAAGUACCGCCUCCCACUCACUGGUCAUCCGGGUAUCCAAGCUGCUUUUGAGGAACGCAAACGGACCAAGUAUGGCAUCAAGGGGUGCACAGAGGAAGACCCGUGCGAGGUGGAAUACUGA